AUGCAGUCUCUCGUCGCACGAUCCACUAUUCUGCGUCCACAACUCCUCAAGACGUCCGCGAGGACGUUUGUGUCUUCGGCGGCGCGCGCACAAGCUGUUCCCACUCAGAAGCCGGUGCUGAAGAAGGAGUUCAAGAUCUACCGCUGGAACCCAGACGAGCCAGCGAAGAAACCGACACUGCAGACAUAUGACAUUGAUCUCAACCAGUGCGGUCCUAUGAUUCUCGAUGCGCUCAUCAAGAUUAAGAACGAGCUUGACCCCACGCUCACCUUCCGCCGCUCGUGCCGCGAAGGUAUCUGCGGCUCGUGCGCCAUGAACAUCAAUGGCCAAAACACGCUCGCCUGCCUCUGUAGAAUCGACCGCAACACCAGCAAGGACACCAAGAUCUACCCUCUCCCACACAUGUACAUCGUGAAGGACUUAGUCCCGGACCUCACGCUCUUCUACAAGCAAUACAAGUCGAUCGAGCCCUUCCUCAAGAACGACAACCCACCUGAACACCACGAGCAUAUCCAAUCGCAGGAGGACCGUUUAAAGCUCGACGGAAUGUACGAGUGUAUUUUGUGCGCGUGCUGCUCAACAUCUUGCCCGAGCUACUGGUGGAACCAAGACGAGUAUCUGGGUCCCGCAACGCUCAUGGCUGCAUAUCGCUGGAUGGCUGAUUCUCGGGACACAUACAAGACACAACGCAUGGAGAAGCUGCAGAACGAGAUGAGCCUGUAUCGCUGCCACACAAUCUUCAACUGCACGCGGACGUGCCCGAAGGGCCUCAAUCCCGCCGGGGCGAUCGCGAAGAUCAAGUACGAGCUCGCCACUGACUAAGUGCGAGUCUGGGCAUGGAGGGGCACUAAGGUGGCUGGGGGAGCGUCGCUGCUCCACUGACACUGACUGGCCGGUGUUGGGCGUGGUCUCAUUUCCGGAGUGUGGGUACGGGGCUGUAGGUGGAUAACGGACGCGGUAGGCAUUUCCGAUAAGCGCGAGCGCAGAUGCGCGCGUAAUGAACGUGUACAGCUACGAGUUGUCCGUUAUGGAAGACCUUUGGCUUUUGGCUUGUAAUGGACAGCAUCAUACGCUGUGUUGCAGACACCGCGGGUUCGAACUUCAGGCUUUGCUGCUCAGUCAACAAGAACUCAUUAC